AUGAAGGAGGGCAACUUAAUCAGGCUGGUCCAGGCAUUCGUCCUGAGUCGAGUAACCUAUGUCGCUCCCUUCCUUGACCUCAAGGCAGAUGAGCGCAACAAAAUCAACGCUUUAAUAAAAAGGGCUUACAAGCAGGCAAUUGGCAUACCAAUCACGACCUCCAACGAGCGCUUUGAAGCACUAGGAUUGCACAACACGCUAGACGAGCUUGUAGAAGCACAGAGGAUAGCGCAGAUGGAAAGGCUCACCAAGAGUCCGACUGGCAGACACAUCCUCCAGACGCUACAUAUCAACUACGAAGGAAGACUCGGGGAAAAACACGACAUUCCACCCGAUAUCAGGGUGCAUAUACAUAUCCCACCAUUACCAAGAAACAUGCACCCCGAACACAAUACGGAACGCAGGCAGGCCAGAGCACAAGCACUAGAUAAAAGGUUCGCACACCUCGAGGACGUGGUUUACGUGGAUGCCGCAGAUUACAGUAGUCGCGACGCCAUGGCCACAUCGGUAGUUGAUCGAGAGGGCAAGUUAAUUAAUUCUGGCACGGUCUUCACGACUUCAUCCGAGGUUGGGGAGGAAGCAGCCAUUGCACUGGCAAUGACCUCGUCCUCCCAGAUCAAAUUCAUAGUAAGCGACUCCAAGCCGGCAAUUUUAAAUUACACGAGGGGACGCAUAUCGUCCGAGGCACUCAAAAUUCUACGGACCGGUUUCCACGGAGAUCGAGUUAGGGGAGUUCACAUCGUGUGGGCGCCAGCUCACUCUGGCCUCCCGGGGAAUGAGAAGGCGCACGACGCGGCUCGAGGCUUAACCGACCGGGCCGACGUCACCAACAUCUUUGACGCACACUCGUUCCGCCGGUCGGACAGAGACAGGCUGGUUGCCUAUCGGGACGUGAUGAACCACUACAGGCUGGGAAGGGCUAAAUACCCCGCAGCAGACAGGACUCUGUCCAAAUGGCAGGCAGUGGCGUGGCGCCGUCUUCAAACUAAUACAUUUCCAAACCCCGUGGCGUACAGUCACUGCUAUCCGGGGCUUUACUCCAGCGCAUGUAAGCAUUGCGGGGACAGGGCCGACCUGCAACAUAUGGUCUGGGCCUGCCCCUUUAAAAAACAUAGAAACAACAGAAAUAGAACUCAAACUUUAAUGCUAAACAUUAGAACCUCCGAGCAGUGGGAGACCGUGCUGCUCAGCUCGGACCCGGGUGAACAGGUCCGUCUGGUCCAGAUGGCCGAGGCCGCCGCCAAGGAACAAGAACUCCUGGCCGCCGACUGAGGGGGGAGAGGGGGAGGCUCUCUCAGCACUCCCCCUUCCCUGACCCCAUC